AUGGCGUCGCUGCGAUUUCGCGCACCGCCGUCACGGCGGAAGCUUUCUAUUUUCCGUCGACCCAGAGUCUCUGUCUGCGCGUACUUCGCGCUCGUGCUGCUGCUUCCCUCCGCUCCGCUGACGGCAACUGCGCAGCCUUGGCGGAAGCCUUCCGCCAACGGACAUGCGAGAACCCCCCGCGCGGCCGCCACCAUUCACAAACUGACAGAGCGGCUGCUGUACGCGGGAACAGGAAAGAUUGCGCCAUUGCGAAGGUCGCGAAACGCCGCGUCUGACGCUCACACAGCGGAAAAUUCUUUCUCCGCCGAUUCCGCCGGCGAUGUUCCCACUAUCGCUGAAAGCGCAGCCGCUGCGGACUCCGCGGAGAUCUUGGCGGAUCUUCCGCCUGACUCUGCCCCGCGGGUCGCCAGUGGGGAGGUCUCUCCGCGCCGAAGCCACAGAGCGUCCGCAAAUCGCCGCGGCGGCGGGGUAGCGCCUGGCGCGCGGCGCAGAUUGCCGCGGAACCCCGACGUGCGGCGGUUGUGGGCGGAAAUAGAGUCCGCGAGGGGGGUAACGCAGCAGGGGGCGGCCGCCAGGCAGGGGGAACGCGGAAAAGACAGGGCGGCAGGUGCAGGGGCACCAGGAGAGACAGGGGCAAGGACAGGGGCAGGGGCAGGGGCGGGGACUGCGGCGGCGGCAGUGGAGCUAAAACGGGUGGUUGUGAGGAAACCGGUGGUUGGGUUCCCUGGAAUCAACCAGAAGACGCUGAUCAACAGUGGCACGCCGCCCCGAUACAACCGAAGCAUGAUCAGAGUCACACCUCCAGAUGUUGUCAUGUGUGUGGGGAACGGGUUUAUCCUCCAUACAGUCAACUCCGCUUUGGUAGUGUAUAACACCAAGGGACAGCAACUGACAGCAAUCACGCCGCACAACGAGUUCUUCAACGCGCUGCCGCGCAACAUGGGGUCAUACGAGGGCGCGCCCAAGGGAGACGCCAUUGGCGACAUGACAUGCACGUAUGACCACCGCUCCCGGCGCUUCUACCUCGCCACCUACUGGACCUCAGGUGGGGGCAAGAACGCGUAUGACAGGUUUGGGCAGACGAGGUAUCGGGUGGACGGGACAACAGUGGGGACUGGGCUGCUGGUAGCCGCCUCCACCACUCCCAACCCCACCAAACCGUGGAAUCUCUUCUUCAUCCCCUCAUCCAACGAUGGGAAGAAUUCAAAUGCUGAUUUCCGCCCUCCUCUCAACUUCCCAACCAAACGCCUGGUCACUUUCAGGAACUUCUCCCCAUUCUGUUCCCCCUUCUCCCCAUUCUGUUCCCCCUUCUCCCCAUUCUGUUCCCCCUUCUCCCCAUUCUGUUCCCCCUUCUCCCCAUUCUGUUCCCCCUUCUCCCCAUUCUGUUCCCCCUUCUCCCCAUUCUGUUCCCCCUUCUCCCCAUUCUGUUCCCCCUUCUCCCCAUUCUGUUCCCCCUUCUCCCCAUUCUGUUCCCCCUUCUCCCCAUUCUGUUCCCCCUUCUCCCCAUUCUGUUCCCCCUUCUCCCCAUUCUGUUCCCCCUUCUCCCCAUUCUGUUCCCCCUUCUCCCCAUUCUGUUCCCCCUUCUCCCCAUUCUGUUCCCCCUUCUCCCCAUUCUGUUCCCCCUUCUCCCCAUUCUGUUCCCCCUUCUCCCCAUUCUGUUCCCCCUUCUCCCCAUUCUGUUCCCCCUUCUCCCCAUUCUGUUCCCCCUUCUCCCCAUUCUGUUCCCCCUUCUCCCCAUUCUGUUCCCCCUUCUCCCCAUUCUGUUCCCCCUUCUCCCCAUUCUGUUCCCCCUUCUCCCCAUUCUGUUCCCCCUUCUCCCCAUUCUGUUCCCCCUUCUCCCCAUUCUGUUCCCCCUUCUCCCCAUUCUGUUCCCCCUUCUCCCCAUUCUGUUCCCCCUUCUCCCCAUUCUGUUCCCCCUUCUCCCCAUUCUGUUCCCCCUUCUCCCCAUUCUGUUCCCCCUUCUCCCCAUUCUGUUCCCCCUUCUCCCCAUUCUGUUCCCCCUUCUCCCAUUCUGUUCCCCCUUCUCCCCAUUCUGUUCCCCCUUCUCCCCAUUCUGUUCCCCCUUCUCCCCAUUCUGUUCCCCCUUCUCCCCAUUCUGUUCCCCUUCUCCCCAUUCUGUUCCCCCUUCUCCCCAUUCUGUUCCCCCUUCUCCCCAUUCUGUUCCCCCUUCUCCCCAUUCUGUUCCCCCUUCUCCCCAUUCUGUUCCCCCUUCUCCCCAUUCUGUUCCCCCCUCCCCAUUCUGUUCCCCCUUCUCCCCAUUCUGUUCCCCCUUCUCCCCAUUCUGUUCCCCCUUCUCCCCAUUCUGUUCCCCCUUCUCCCCAUUCUGUUCCCCCUUCUCCCCAUUCUGUUCCCCCUUCUCCCCAUUCUGUUCCCCCUUCUCCCCAUUCUGUUCCCCCUUCUCCCCAUUCUGUUCCCCCUUCUCCCAUUCUGUUCCCCCCUUCUCCCCAUUCUGUUCCCCCUUCUCCCCAUUCUGUUCCCCCUUCUCCCCAUUCUGUUCCCCCUUCUCCCCAUUCUGUUCCCCCUUCUCCCCAUUCUGUUCCCCCUUCUCCCCAUUCUGUUCCCCCUUCUCCCCAUUCUGUUCCCCCUUCUCCCCAUUCUGUUCCCCCUUCUCCCCAUUCUGUUCCCCCUUCUCCCCAUUCUGUUCCCCUUCUCCCCAUUCUGUUCCCCCUUCUCCCCAUUCUGUUCCCCCUUCUCCCCAUUCUGUUCCCCCUUCUCCCCAUUCUGUUCCCCCUUCUCCCCAUUCUGUUCCCCCUUCUCCCCAUUCUGUUCCCCCUUCUCCCCAUUCUGUUCCCCCUUCUCCCCAUUCUGUUCCCCCUUCUCCCCAUUCUGUUCCCCCUUCUCCCCAUUCUGUUCCCCCUUCUCCCCAUUCUGUUCCCCUUCUCCCCAUUCUGUUCCCCCUUCUCCCCAUUCUGUUCCCCCUUCUCCCAUUCUGUUCCCCCUUCUCCCCAUUCUGUUCCCCCUUCUCCCCAUUCUGUUCCCCCUUCUCCCCAUUCUGUUCCCCCUUCUCCCCAUUCUGUUCCCCCUUCUCCCCAUUCUGUUCCCCCUUCUCCCCAUUCUGUUCCCCCUUCUCCCCAUUCUGUUCCCCCUUCUCCCCAUUCUGUUCCCCCUUCUCCCCAUUCUGUUCCCCCUUCUCCCCAUUCUGUUCCCCCUUCUCCCCAUUCUGUUCCCCCUUCUCCCCAUUCUGUUCCCCCUUCUCCCCAUUCUGUUCCCCCUUCUCCCCAUUCUGUUCCCCCUUCUCCCCAUUCUGUUCCCCCUUCUCCCCAUUCUGUUCCCCCUUCUCCCCAUUCUGUUCCCCCUUCUCCCCAUUCUGUUCCCCCUUCUCCCCAUUCUGUUCCCCCUUCUCCCCAUUCUGUUCCCCCUUCUCCCCAUUCUGUUCCCCCUUCUCCCCAUUCUGUUCCCCCUUCUCCCCAUUCUGUUCCCCCUUCUCCCCAUUCUGUUCCCCCUUCUCCCCAUUCUGUUCCCCCUUCUCCCCAUUCUGUUCCCCCUUCUCCCCAUUCUGUUCCCCCUUCUCCCCAUUCUGUUCCCCCUUUCCCCAUUCUGUUCCCCCUUCUCCCCAUUCUGUUCCCCUUCUCCCCAUUCUGUUCCCCUUCUCCCCAUUCUGUUCCCCCUUCUCCCCAUUCUGUUCCCCCUUCUCCCCAUUCUGUUCCCCCUUCUCCCCAUUCUGUUUCCCCCUUCUCCCCAUUCUGUUCCCCCUUUCUCCCCAUUCUGUUCCCCCUUCUCCCCAUUCUGUUCCCCCUUCUCCCCAUUCUGUUCCCCCUUCUCCCCAUUCUGUUCCCCCUUCUCCCCAUUCUGUUCCCCCUUCUCCCCAUUCUGUUCCCCCUUCUCCCCAUUCUGUUCCCCUUCUCCCCAUUCUGUUCCCCCUUCUCCCCAUUCUGUUCCCCCUUCUCCCCAUUUCUGUUCCCCCUUCUUCCCCAUUCUGUUCCCCUUCUCCCCAUUCUGUUCCCCCUUCUCCCCAUUCUGUUCCCCCUUCUCCCCAUUCUGUUCCCCCUUCUCCCCAUUCUGUUCCCCCUUCUCCCCAUUCUGUUCCCCCUUCUCCCCAUUCUGUUCCCCCUUCUCCCCAUUCUGUUCCCCCUUCUCUCCCAUUCUGUUCCCCCUUCUCCCAUUCUGUUCCCCCUUCUCCCCAUUCUGUUCCCCCUUCUCCCCAUUCUGUUCCCCCUUCUCCCCAUUCUGUUCCCCCUUCUCCCCAUUCUGUUCCCCCUUCUCCCCAUUCUGUUCCCCCUUCUCCCCAUUCUGUUCCCCUUCUCCCCAUUCUGUUCCCCCUUCUCCCCAUUCUGUUCCCCCUUCUCCCCAUUCUGUUCCCCCUUCUCCCCAUUCUGUUCCCCCCUCCCAUUCUGUUCCCCCUUCUCCCCAUUCUGUUCCCCCUUCUCCCCAUUCUGUUCCCCCUUCUCCCCAUUCUGUUCCCCCUUCUCCCCAUUCUGUUCCCCCUUCUCCCCAUUCUGUUCCCCCUUCUCCCCAUUCUGUUCCCCCUUCUCCCCAUUCUGUUCCCCCUUCUCCCCAUUCUGUUCCCCCUUCUCCCCAUUCUGUUCCCCCUUCUCCCCAUUCUGUUCCCCCUUCUCCCCAUUCUGUUCCCCCUUCUCCCCAUUCUGUUCCCCCUUCUCCCCAUUCUGUUCCCCCUUCUCCCCAUUCUGUUCCCCCUUCUCCCCAUUCUGUUCCCCCUUCUCCCCAUUCUGUUCCCCCUUCUCCCCAUUCUGUUCCCCCUUCUCCCCAUUCUGUUCCCCCUUCUCCCCAUUCUGUUCCCCCUUCUCCCCAUUCUGUUCCCCCUUCUCCCCAUUCUGUUCCCCCUUCUCCCCAUUCUGUUCCCCCUUCUCCCCAUUCUGUUCCCCCUUCUCCCCAUUCUGUUCCCCCUUCUCCCCAUUCUGUUCCCCCUUCUCCCCAUUCUGUUCCCCCUUCUCCCCAUUCUGUUCCCCCUUCUCCCCAUUCUGUUCCCCCUUCUCCCCAUUCUGUUCCCCCUUCUCCCCAUUCUGUUCCCCCUUCUCCCCAUUCUGUUCCCCCUUCUCCCCAUUCUGUUCCCCCUUCUCCCCAUUCUGUUCCCCCUUCUCCCCAUUCUGUUCCCCCUUCUCCCCAUUCUGUUCCCCCUUCUCCCCAUUCUGUUCCCCCUUCUCCCCAUUCUGUUCCCCCUUCUCCCCAUUCUGUUCCCCCUUCUCCCCAUUCUGUUCCCCCUUCUCCCCACUCUGUUCCCCCUUCUUCCCCCGUUGCCUCCUCUGCAACCUGCCCCUCUUCCCUCCCCAUCUGCGCCCCUUCAUCUCCCACUGUAAUGCAGUGGACUACCCUCAGAUAGGCACAGACGGAUACGGUAAGAUGCAGAGGUGUGGUGCGGUGCUGUGCUCUGGUGCGCUUUUUGCAUUGGCCAAGUGCGGUUUCUAUGUGUCAGCAAACCACUUCUCAUACGAGGAUGACGGUUACUUUGGAGUCAGCAUCUUUGCUAUAUCCAAAGUACAGCUGUCUCGCCCCAUCAACACUUUCAUCCUCCGUAUAGCCAUCCCCACUAGCGACAACCCUUCCGUUCCCGACUACACCGUUUGGCCGCAAAAAGUAGCAGCGGAUACACCAUUCGACUACACCAACGGCGGCACGAUGUAUUUCGGAUACAACCAAGACCCACAGACCUUCACAACCUCCGUCUUAAACAGAAUCGGGGCGCUGCUUAUAACGGGGACAAGCUUCCUGGGCACAAAACAGGCCCUCUCCCGCAUACAAACCUUCUACUCCGCCAUCACCUGCCCGGAAUUUUUCGCUACGAGCUACGUGACUCAAAAUUGGAGCCCCGUCCCUUUGGCAUGGGAAUAUGGGACAACGAUUAAGCCUAUAGACCCAUCAAGCACAGACGUUAGAGGAGUGGUAGUGGCACCUGUGAAAAAACAGAUGUGGCUUACCUUUAUGACAGGCACAUACACAUCCCAGGUCGAGGGGCCUUACGUUGUGAUAGCACGCCUGCGCAUGUUGCUGGUUCCGACAAGGAGAUGGCAGCCGUUUCGGGUGUUUCUAGAGCGGUUCAGAGCGGUUGGGGUGAAGGGGAACGCGUUGAUCCAGCCAAGUAUAGCGCUGAACAGGCGUGGGAAGGGGAUCAUGGCUGUGUCGCUGGCAGGACCGUCGUAUUUCCCCUCUGCUGCGUAUGCCACUGUGAAUGGAGAGACAGCGGCGGGGGAUGUGGUGGUGGCUGCUGCUGGCGGGGCAGCAUUGGAUGAUUACUCGGGUGAGUGA